UCUGCGGCGCUGCUGCUCCUCGUCGUUCUGAUAUGCUGCGGCGGUGAAGCUGUGCACGCUGAGGGGAACAAACCAAAGGAAGCGCAACUGCCGCAGAGUGUUGAACUUUUCGUGCCAAAUAAGACGAAAGUGGAAGGACAAGCCGGAAGACAAACAAGAGACUUUUUCCUCGCACCUUCGCUCGCCAGUGCUGGUGGAGUCUUGGCCGCUUUUGCCGAAGGUCACAUCACCUUUACAGACUUCAAUGGUACAUCCGGAGGACUCCUUUUUUCUGAUGUUGUGGCGGGGUACAUUAACGCUGCGGAGAGCUGGGCGUCUCUUGUCGCUGCGGUCGACGCAAACCAGUGGAAGGCAUACAGCAUCUUCAGCAGAGCCAGUCAAGUGGAUCAUGUAGGUCGUGCGUUCUACCCCACCACAGUUGCAAAGAACAACAAAGUCUUUCUUCUUGUGGGAAGCCACUAUUUGAUCUACAACAGUACUGGCUCAACGUGGACGAAAGGUGACUGGAGUCUUGCUUUGCUGGUGGGUGAGCCCACGCAAGGCAAACAGAUCCAGUGGGGCCAGCCCCAACAGCUGCUGCCACAGAUCGCCCAAUCCGCUCAAGCGAACCAACUGGAUGAGUUUUCUGGUGCUGGUGGCUCAGGCGUUGCGAUGGCGAGUGGCGCGCUUGUGUUUCCUGUGGUGGCAACUCAACGAGGGUCCUCCCUUGUCUCCACGAUCAUCUACUCGACGGACGAGGGCCAACACUGGGUGCUCCCGAAGGGGAUGCUCCCUGGGCAGUGCGCUUCACCCCUCCUCGCCGAGUGGGAGGCGGGGCAGCUUCUCAUGAUUGCCGAUUGUGUGUUUGGCCGCAGGGUGUUCGAGUCGAGGGACAUGGGGGCAACGUGGGCGGAGACUGUCAGGGCACUCUCGCGCGUGCGGGGUGAUUUCAGAUCAGACCCUUUGCAACGGGGCCGGCGUGUGGGAUCCCUCACCACCGCGACGAUUGCUGGAACGAGGCUCAUGCUGUACACCCAGAAAGAGUACCCGCUCGGGGCGACGACGGAUACGGAGGCAAAGGAUCUUUUUCUUUGGGCCACCGACAACAACCGGACGUUUCGCGUCGGGCCCAUUUCCAUGGACGCUGAAGAGGUGAGUACUUUCGCCCACGCCCUGCUGUACUCGAACGACAAACUGCACUUUUUGCAGGAGAGGGGCAACGAAACGAGCAAUAGUCUGGGUUUUGCUCCUCUGACGGAGGAGCUGAAGACAAUCACCUCCGUCUUGGACACUUGGGCGGAGCUGGACUCCGACUUCUCCAAGUCGUCUGUGCCCACGGCCGGCCUGGUUGGAUUCCUGUCGGAUGCAUCGAGUGAUGCAACGUGGGACGACGCGUACCGCUGCCUGAACGCAGUUGUGAAAAAUGCAAAGAAGGUCAAAAAUGGCUUUGAGUUCACUGGGGCCGAGUCCUACGCCUUUUGGCCCGUGAACAUGUGGCAGUAUGGUAACUUGUACGACUUUGUGAAUUACGAGUUCACGCUUGUGGCGACGGUGACCAUCCAUCAGGCUCCGAAGGAGAGCGCGCCCCUGCUGGGUGCGAGUCUGGAGGCCCGUGGCGGCACGAAGUUCGUGGGGCUGGCGUACACUGCGACGAAGAAGUGGGAGACGGUCUUAAACGGCACGGCAACAGCACCCAACGGCAAUUGGGAGCCGGGGAAGAAGUACCAAGUGGCGCUUAUGCUGCAGGGCAACAAGGCCUCCGUGUACGUGGACGGCGAGCUCGUGGGGAGCUCCGACGCGCUGCCAACACCCGGGGCACGGGGUUACGAAAUCUCACACUUCUACUUUGGAGACGAAGAAGGCGGCAACGACAGAGGCGGCAGUGUGACGGUGACGGACGUUCUUUUGUACAAUCGCCGGCUAAGUGCCACGGAACUCAACAAGGUCGAGAGCGCCGACGUACCGGGGAAAGCCGUGAACGACAGAUCCGGUGCAUCAGGCAACGUUGCAGGCACAAGAUCGUCGUCAUCUGAGAAGGCUGCCGGCGGAAGCUCGGCGUCAUCUGAGAAGGUUCCAGGCGGAAGCUCGGCGUCAUCCGAGAAGGUUCCAGCCGGAAGCUCGGCGUCGUCUGAGAAGGUUCCAGCCGGAAGCUCGUCGUCAUCUGAGAAGGCUGCGGGCGGAAGCUCGUCGUCAUCUGAGAAGGCUGCAGUCGGAAGC